AUGCAUGCUCUGGGCCAGGCCACCCCAUCAUACCACAUGGGUAAACCCUUAAGUCCUCGCAAGUCCCACAAGCAAGCACGGAAGCCUUAUGACGUGCGGGAUGUCAUCGAGCAGUACUCUCAGGGCCACCUCAACCUCAUGGUGCGCAUCAAAGAGCUGCAGAGAAGGCUGGACCAGUCCAUUGGCAAGCCCUCCCUGUUCAUCUCCGUCUCAGAAAAGAGCAAGGACCGUGGCAGCAACACCAUCGGAGCCCGCCUGAACCGGGUGGAAGACAAGGUGAUGCAGCUGGACCAGAGGCUGGUGGUCAUCACGGACCUGCUGCACCAGCUGCUCUCCUUGCACCGUGGCAGCCCCCCGGGCGGCGGUCCCCCCAGCGGGGGCGGGGCCCAGGUGGUCCAGCCCUGCAGCGGAGGCAGCUCCAUCAACCCCGAGCUCUUCCUGCCCAGCAACUCCCUGCCCACCUACGAACAGCUGACAGUGCCCGGAAGGGGUCCCGACGAGGGGUCCUGAUGGGGGCUUGGGGCAGGGGGGCAUCCUGAGAGGGGAGGCCCAGAGUAGCUCCUCCCAGCUUGCCCCACCUCCCUCUCGGCAAGGGGCACCCACCUGGUCACGAAAGCCCAAGAGAACAGCCCCAUGCUCCAAGGCCCAGGACAGCCAGUGGCCACGCCACCCGGCGGAGCCUGACCCUGGGGGUUCACCAAGGCCACCCCUUCCAGGUCAGUGGGCACUAGAACUUCGCUCGGUGUGGGGCCCCUCUCAGGAAUGAACCAUCAACCCUGAGCUCUAGCCCCCCCAUCCUGAUGACAACAUCGCUUGCAUGGUGGCUGGGACACAGGUGUGGGGGGUCAGGCUGGCCUCCCUAGGGCCACAUUUAGUGGCAUGGGCCUGGCCCGUGUAUGGCCAGGAAGCAGCACAGGCCGGGCGCAGGCCCACCCUGAUUGGCCCAGGGGGCUUCCUGAGGGGAGACAAAGGAACAGCCUGGACAAGAGCCAUGGGUAGCCUGACCCCCAGCCUCAAAUCCAGGACCCACAGGGAGCAGGCAGGGCAGGGCAGGCCCAGCCCUUGCUGACUAGAGGACAGCCCGUGACAAAGGCCUGCCAGGGCUCUGGGCUGGGUUUUCUCACUCCCAAGAGAUGCUGCCCAUGAACAGGGGCCUGGGACAGACACACCUGAGACCACAGCUUCCCUACGUGCCUCACUGAGAGGGGAGGGAACCCACCUCCCUGCUGUGGGCCGGCAGCUUCUCGUACCCAUUCUGGAGAGGAGGGUCCCCAAACCCUGCUCUGCACAGCCCCCGCCUCCAACUCCUUGCCCGGCCUGAGCAGCUGUACAGAUGCACACAAGGGGACUGUCACAUGCCUUCGGCCAGCUGCUGAGCCGCAGAGGAGCCACAUUUCUACACAGGACAGGGGUUGCUUCUGGGCAUUAUGUCUUCUAGAUAUCAGAAUAAUUUGUGGUGAUUUGGAAUCUGUGUUUUAAUGAGUUUCACGGUGUGAUUUUGAUUCUUAAUUGCGCAGGCUUUUCCUAAUAAACGUGGAGAAUCACA